ACGUAUCAUUAGGACAAUCACAUGAAUCUUGACCCACAGGACAUUCUAUCAGGACAGCUAUGUACAACCUAUAGGAUGUGCUAUCAGGACAGCCAUGUACAACCUAUACGGUGUGCUAUCAGGAAAGACACCCUAUUAGGACACACAUGAAAUACGUACAUACCUAUAUACCACACGAACUUAGUAUGCAGUGUACUAACUACAUUAUGCAUAAGAACACUAUAGAGUUUCGGUAACCAUGUGAGUGAAAAAAAUUGAGAGAAAAGAACAGAGAGAGGGA